AUGGCCAUCCCUGUGACCUGCUCCUGCAGCCGCGGCGGCGUCAAGCGCAUCUCCGGCCUCAUCUACGAGGAGACCCGCGGGGUGCUCAAGGUGUUCCUGGAGAACGUGAUCCGGGACGCCGUCACCUACACGGAGCACGCCAAGCGCAAGACGGUCACGGCCAUGGACGUGGUCUACGCGCUCAAGCGCCAGGGCCGCACCCUCUACGGCUUCGGCGGCUGAGCGCCCGAGUCCUUUCCGACCGCCGCACGCGCAAAAAAAAAGGCCCUUCUCAGGGCCCCCAUUCCCUCCGUGGAGGAGCUGUGACACGAGUUUCUGCUUUACUCCUUGGGUGUUGGGCUCCGCGUCUCCACUCCUACCUCUGGUCUUUGUGCUCCCCUAUCCUUGACAUUGUUCAGGAAGGUUCCGGAUCCAACCAGGCUACCAAAAGUUAAUACAACUUAAAGCCCGAGAAACUGCAUGAGCCUGUUGGGCUUUAGUGUAUCAAGUGAAUAAACUUGAUACUCA